AUGGCCUCCGCUCAAAUCAGCAAUGUUUUCGGUGACGGAGAAGUUCAAACCGAGGUGCGAGGAAAGAAGCACACUAGUUCGAAUAAAAAUGCAUCUGACAUCUUCAACAUGAACCAAGAAAAUCAACAAGAAUCGGGUCACAAAACGGGCAAAAAAGUAUCCGAGCGAUCGCACCGUGACAACGACAUCUUUGGAACCCGAGAACGAGCAGAAGCAACCGUAAGACUUCAAAUUCUUUAUUGA